AUGCUAGGUUUUAAUUCGAGUAAAAUUGGCUCUAAGAUUCGUUGGGUUGAUCCCGCAAACCUUGAUGAUAUUAAACCCGAACUUGAAAUAGCGGGUGCCCGGUUGCAUGAUGUGGCAAAAGCUGACAUGGAAAAUGAAGUUGGUUAUGGUAGUGAAGUAGAACACAUUUUGAGACCCGACACUGACGGUUAUGCCGUUGCUAAUAAUGGACAAACUGGAGAAAAGAAAGAGAAUGGAUCUCCGAUUUUAAAAUCUUCCCCAGAGGAUAGCCAAACUCUACCGCGUAGAGGGAGAGGAAGACCAAAGAAGCAAAAGAGAGCCAUUUAUUUGCACGACCGAAUCGAAAAAGUUGAAUCUUGGAUUCCUUCAGAUGACGAUUCGGGUGUGCACAACUACAUGUGUCCAAAUUGUGGAAAGGGCUAUUACUACUACAUGAAACUUCAUAGCCACAUGCGUCGGGUGCAUAAUUGUGAACUUCCACCAUCUCGGAGGCAAUGCCAAGUUCGUGGUGCUAAUCGUCAGCCUAUACAUCGUUCACCAAGUACGGACUUGCAUGAGCAUCAAGAAGUACAUGAACAAGGUUUAGAACUCCGAGACGCUGAUUUCAGGUGCCCGGUUUGUCGGCAAAUAUUCCUCGUUGAUUUCCUUCCUGGUCACAUGAGGGAUAGUCAUAAGCAUUUUCCUCCUGAGCUGUGCUACUUCUGUGAUACAUCAUUUCCUAGCGCUGAACUGACCCAACAACACAUUGAAUUCAACCACCUAAAACCGGCGCUAUACACCUGUCAUGAGUGUUCCAAGAUGUUUUCAGAUCUUCCUGAAUUUCGGGAUCACAUGCUACAAAUUCACCAAAGUGAUACAACGUACAAGUGCGAUCAUUGCGACAGGGUAUUUGCUUGGAAGAAGUACCUCCGGCAACACAUUCGCCAGGAGCAUCCAUCAGGUGGUGCGGUGUUUUCAAUGCGAAAUAAUUUCCAUAGCGAGAGAACCUCCUUGACAACGGCGUGUGACAAGCAACAACAGGGACUUCUUGAUGAAAUUGCAGUCAGGCCAGAAGACUCAAAACAACAGCAGAAGGAGGAAGAAGAAGAACCCAAAGAUCCCUCAAUUGCCGCGAAGCAGGAGUCCUCCACUUCCAAUGGCGACACCGACUCUGCUAGUCUUCAACUCUAA